GGCGGGACCGACUCGCAAACUGUUGCAUUUGCUCUCCACCUCCCUGCGCCUCCUCGGAGAUCCCAGGGAGCCAGACUGCUGGGAGAGCUGGAGGGUUCUGGAGCAAACCUGGAGACGGAGGAGGCGAGUGAGAGAAAAAGAUCAAAUUAGCCGCUCGGGUGUCGAACAGGAGCCAAAGGAACACACCGCGCCAGCCCUUGAUCGGCUCUGACUGCUGCCGACGCCUGUUGCAGCGCGGCGGCUUCGAAGCCGCCGCCCUGGAGCUGCCCUUUCCUUUUCGGUGAAGUUUCUAAAAGCUACUAGAGACUAGAAGGAAGCCAGGAAAGUGCCGGCUUUCUGCAGGUGGGCAGCUAGCUGCUGGCGACUGCAUCAUCACAGCCUGUUGAACUCUUCUGAUCAAAAAAGGGGAGAUAGGGAAGCGAAAUUAGAUCAAAGAUUCAGCCAACCUCCAGGAUGGAGGUGCAGUUAGGGCUGGGGAGGGUCUAUCCCCGGCCACCGUCCAAGACCUUUCGAGGAGCUUUCCAGAAUUUGUUCCAGAGCGUGCGCGAAGUGAUCCAGACCCCAGGGCCCCGGCACCCUGAGGCCGAUAACGCAAUACCUCCGAGCGCCCAUUUGCAGCAGCAGCAGACCAGCCCUCAGCAGCCGCAGCAGAGUGAGAAUGGCUCUCCCCAAGCUCACAUCAGAGGCCCCACAGGCUACCUGGCCCUGGAGGAGGAACGGCAGCCUGCACCACAGCAGUCGACCCCUGAGGGCCACCCUGAGAGGGGCUGCAUCUCAGAGCCUGGAACCUCUGUGCCUGCCAGCAAAGGGUUGCCGCAGCAGCCUCCAGUACCUCCGGACGAGGAUGACUCAGCUGCCCCAUCCACUUUGUCUCUGCUGGGCCCCACUUUCCCCAGUUUAAGCAGCUGUUCCGCCGACCUUAAAGACAUCCUGAGCGAAGCCGGCACCAUGCAGCUCCUUCAUCAUCAUCAGCAGCAGCAGUCUCAGACUCAGCCUCAGCCUCAGCAGCAGCAGCAGCAGCAGCAGCAGCAGCAGCAGCAGCAGAAACAGCAGCAGCAGCAGCAGCAGCAACAGCAGCAGCAGCAGCAGCAGCAGCAGCAACAGCAGCAGCUGGAAGUGGUAUCUGAAACCGGCAGCAGCGGGAGAGCCAGAGAGGCAGUUGGGGCUGCCACCUCUUCCAAGGACAGUUACCUAGGGGUCAAUUCGACCAUAUCUGACAGUGCCAAGGAGUUGUGUAAGGCAGUAUCUGUGUCCAUGGGCUUGGGUGUGGAGGCAUUGGACCAUCUGAGUCCUGGGGAACAGCUUCGGGGAGACUGUAUGUAUGCACCACUUUUGGGAGGUCCACCUCCUGUGCGACCCACUCACUGUGCUUCCUUGGUGGAAUGCAAAGGCUCUCUACUGAAUGACAGUCCAGACAAGGGCACUGAAGAGACUGUUGAAUAUUCCUCUUUCAAGGGAGGUUACUCCAAAAGUCUAGAAGGUGAAACCCUGGGCUGCUCUGGCAGCGGUGAUGCAGGGAGCUCUGGGACACUUGAACUGCCACCCACCUUGUCUCUCUACAAGUCUGGAGCCCUGGACGAGGCAGCAUCGUACCAGAAUCGCGACUACUACAACUUUCCGCUACCCCCUCCACCACCUCCCCAUCCGAACGCCCGCAUCAAACUGGAGAACCCGCUGGACUACAGCAGCGCCUGGUCAGCUGCAGCUGCGCAGUGCCGCUAUGGAGACCUGGCAAGCCUGCAUGGUGGGGGUGCCGCAGGACCCAGCUCCGGGUCACCCUCAGCCACUGCCUCAUCUUCAUGGCACACUCUUUUCACAACCGAAGAAGGCCAGUUGUACGGACCUUGUGGAGGGGGUGGCGGCGGCAGUACAAGCGAGACAGGGGCUGUAGCCCCCUAUGGUUACUCUCGACCACCUCAGGGGCUGGCGGGACAGGAAGGUGAUUUCCCUGCACCCGAUAUGUGGUACCCCGGUGGCAUGGCCGGUAGAGUGCCCUAUCCUAGUCCCAGUUGUGUCAAAAGCGAAAUAGGACCCUGGAUGGAGAGCUACUCCGGACCUUAUGGAGACGUGCGUUUGGAAAAUGCCAGGGACCAUGUUUUGCCCAUUGACUAUUACUUUCCACCCCAGAAGACCUGCCUGAUCUGUGGGGAUGAAGCAUCUGGGUGUCACUAUGGAGCCCUCACUUGUGGCAGCUGCAAGGUCUUCUUCAAAAGAGCUGCUGAAGGAAAACAGAAGUACCUGUGUGCCAGUAGAAAUGAUUGCACCAUUGAUAAAUUCCGAAGGAAAAAUUGUCCAUCUUGUCGUCUCCGGAAAUGCUAUGAAGCAGGGAUGACUCUGGGAGCCCGUAAGCUGAAGAAACUUGGAAAUUUAAAACUACAAGAAGAAGGAGAAGCUUCCAGCUCCAGCAGCCCCACUGAGGAGCCAUGCCAGAAAAUGACAGUAUCUCACAUGGAAGGCUAUGAGUGUCAGCCCAUCUUCCUGAAUGUCCUAGAAGCCAUUGAACCAGGUGUGGUGUGUGCUGGACAUGACAACAAUCAACCUGACUCCUUUGCAGCCUUGCUCUCGAGCCUCAAUGAACUGGGAGAAAGACAGCUUGUACAUGUGGUCAAGUGGGCCAAAGCCUUGCCUGGCUUCCGUAAUUUGCAUGUGGAUGACCAGAUGGCAGUCAUUCAGUACUCCUGGAUGGGACUCAUGGUGUUUGCCAUGGGUUGGCGGUCCUUCACCAAUGUCAAUUCCAGAAUGCUCUACUUUGCACCUGACCUGGUUUUCAAUGAGUACCGGAUGCACAAGUCCCGGAUGUACAGCCAGUGUGUCCGAAUGAGGCAUCUCUCUCAAGAGUUUGGAUGGCUCCAAAUCACACCCCAGGAAUUCCUGUGCAUGAAAGCAUUGCUACUCUUCAGCAUUAUUCCAGUGGAUGGGCUGAAAAAUCAAAAAUUCUUUGAUGAACUUCGAAUGAACUACAUCAAGGAACUUGAUCGUAUCAUUGCAUGCAAAAGAAAAAAUCCCACAUCCUGCUCAAGGCGCUUCUACCAGCUCACAAAGCUCCUGGACUCCGUGCAACCUAUUGCAAGAGAGCUGCAUCAGUUCACUUUUGACCUGCUAAUCAAGUCCCACAUGGUGAGCGUGGACUUCCCGGAAAUGAUGGCAGAAAUCAUCUCUGUGCAAGUGCCCAAGAUCCUUUCUGGGAAAGUCAAGCCCAUCUAUUUCCAUACACAGUAACGCUUUGGAAGUCUUCAUUUCCCUAGGCCAUCCUUCCUGCUUUUCAGAUGUCUUCUGCCUAUUAUAACUCUGCACUACUUCUCUGCAGUGCCUUGAGGAAUUUCCUCUAUUGAUGUACAGUCUGUCAUGAACAUGUUCCUGAAUUCUAUUUGUUGGACUUUUUUUCUCUUUUCCUUUUUUCUUUUUCUUCUUCUCUUCCUAACUUCUCUCCAUAACUCAGCUUCAGACUCUGCUCUCUGCUGUGGCUCCUAUCUGUUUUGAGCGGUGGUGUACUUCUUUAAAUCUGUGAUAAUCUUCUUGUGGCCCAGUGUCAAGUUGUGCUUGUUUACAGCACUCCACUGUGUGCCAGCCACACUAACAUUUACUUACUUACCUUAUGCCAUGGGAAGUUUAAAGAGCUAAAAGUAUCUGGGGAAAGCAAAAACAAACAAAAGGCACAAAAACCAAAAAAGUAAAAAGCUUGCUAAGGCUUUUUAUAAAUAAACAAAUAACUGAUAGAAAUCCCCAAAGAAGCCAGCAGUGACUAGAAGAAAAUGAAAAUUUCAGGCCCAUGAGGAGUCACUGUUUUUUUUCAUCCCCUCACUUUCUAGGAAUCUUUAUUUUUGCAAAGACUAUAGCCAUUGGAUAACAGGGCAACCCCAGAGCUGAGAUGGGAAGACUGAAAGAGGAGAUGAUAAGGAUGGCAGAUGAAUCACCAGUUCUUGCCCACAGGCUUGGCUCCUGAGAGCUACACUGCUCAACUAUAGUACAAUUCAUUGAGCUGAAAAUGUGUUUCUUGUUUGAAAAUUUGUCUGCAUGUAAGUGCCUCCCCUCUCAAGACCUGUUCUUUCUCAAUCUCUGCCUACAUCCUCAAAUUUACUUUCAGUAGCUUUCUGAGACCUCUGAGCUGAAUAUUCUCUUUAGCCAAAACUUGGCCACUUGCACUGAAGGUACAGAUCAGGGAGACAAAGGAGAAGAGAGAUCUGACACUUUGGAAGGCUCCAUUAAGAUCUAGUCUAGUUUCUCACAUGCAAUCCAGGAGGAUCUGGAGAUAUACUCAACAGAUAGAGAUGAUGGCUUGGAUGUUCUCAUACUUAGGACAAUGAACAAUUGAUUUCUUAAUACCACCACCUUCUUAUAAUCUUUUUAAAAAAAUUAUAUAUUCCCUCUGGCCAUCAGCUUCUUCCACCCUCCCUUCAUUGUUUUGUGGGUCACACUACAUUUCAGACAUGAUGAUAAAGCUUGUUCACUUCUUUAGGCAUGUUCACAAACUCUCUGCUAAAAUUCCCCCUACUAUGCAGGUUAGCAGGCCAGGAGUCCUGACGUCUAUCUCUAGAUUCCAGUAGUCUCAAAACUUUCUUUCCAAAUGUAUCUCCUCAAUAGUCAGAUCUCUGGAGCCCUUAGGCAAACUGGAAAGAGGGCAUCAAAGGAAUCAGACAAACUGGGCAUCUGGCCCUUAACCCUCAAAGAUGAAACCCUCUCAUCAAGUGGAUAAAUGCUCACUCCCUUCUCCAAAGCAGCUAAAGCAGCUACCCAGAUUAGGGUGGAAAAGAAAACUCAGUAAUCAGGAUUGGAAGAAUGAUGACCCUACAAACAGAAACCCUGAAAUGCUCUCCUUACCAUCCAGCAUGUCCACUUGCAGAAGUCAUGAGAAGAGAGAAAGAACCAAGAGGAGACUCGUUUAACUGUUAGUCAUCAGAGGCAAAACCUAAAGCCAGGUGGACAUCAGCUGGCUAGAUGGUUACCAAUUUACUCAUCCUCCUCUUCUGCUGAUUCUGGGCUCUGACACUGGCCAUUCUCACAUAGCUUUCCCAUGCUUGUUGCUGCCUGUCACUCAGAGGAGUGAUGGAUUUUCCAUAGAACCAUGGCUUCCUUUGGAACUGACUGGCUGGUGUGACUGAUUUGCUACCACCCAUAAACUCAGGGUAUGCCCCUGGGUCAUUGAUUUGAUAUAAUCCUUUCGCACACAAAUGUUCUAUGGAUUUUGUUUCCCAGUCCCAGGCGCAAGGUAGACUGUUCAUGCAUUUCCUUAUCUUGGGCACUGCCUCUUCCUUUAGUCCUUAACUCCAUUUGUUAAACUCAAUAAAUCAUGAGCCAGUCACCAACUUGCUCAUUUCAGCUGGUUUGCUCUGCUUGUUGAGAAGAUAGUUUCUGAGUGACAUGAUAUGAUCAACAUGGGUUUCCUUCCCUGGUUUCUGUGUUGAUAUUAAUAGCCAAAUGAACUUGCAAAACAGCUUCUUUAAAUAACAAGGGAGACGGGAAACUAAAAUGGGUGAUAUGCCAAUCCAAGACUCCUGAACAAAACUGAAGUUCAUGGAAACUCUUAUUUCCUUUCUGGGACAGGACAGAGUUUGAUUUUCUUUGUGAUGGAAUCAUCUUGCUUUAUUACAGAAUUACUUUAGCUGCCUUAAACUGAAAAAAAAUCACCACAUUUCAAUUAAACAAAUUGCAUUUUAAUAGUUUAUAUCUGUUUUGAAACAAUUUUCGUCUUGUGGCACAUGGGUUCGAUUAUCAUUCUAAUAGCUUUCCUUGUAAAUACUAGGGGCUCUUCAUUUUGCUAUCAAACUUUUUUUAUCUUUAUUGAUUUCUGAAUUGCAAUUCUUGCCUUAUAUAUAUAUAUAUAUAUAUAUAUAUAUAUAUAUAUAUAUACAUAUAUAUAUGUGUGUGUGUGUGUGUGUGUGUGUGUGUGUGUGUUUUUCAUUUGCAAAAGCCAAAAAUUGGUGAAACAACAGUGUAAUUAAAAGCAGCAACAACUGGAUCACUCCAAAUUUCUAAGUUGCAGAACUAGAGAAAAACAGUCUAAAUAGGGCUGUAGAUCUACUGCUUUUGCCCUAGGAUUUUGAUUGAGCAAAGAAGGAUUUUUUUCCACAGGUGAAAGGACGGUGAUUUUUUUUUUCUUUUGGCCAUUGAUGUUUCAGCCAGUACACUUGACAGAAGUCUCAUUUUGGCUUGUACUCUGCUGUACAAACAGAGUUGAUUUGUAAUAUACUAUACUUAGAUGUGAAAGACUGACAACCCAGACUGACUCACCUGGUGAGGUGGAUGAUGAAGAUCACUCACUGGACAAGUCAAGAGGACCGUCUCCAAAGAGAUCUGCAGUGCUGAGUGGGAAUGGAGAGUAAGAAAGAGAAAAAAAGGAGCAACAUGAAGAAGAUCCUAUCUGGGCAGCAGACAGCUGCAAAAGUCAUGGACUCUGGUCAAAGCAAAGAGUUGAGUCAUAUGUUUCAGCUCUAUUCCUUGAUCAGCUCACUGCAUUUCACUUCUGAACUAGGGUGGGGUUACAUUCUUUGUUUUACAGAUUUUCUAUGCUACAGGCAAUAUUGCUUUUAUUGGAAAUUCAUUUUCUUGAAUAACCUUAAAAUGCGAAAGGAAUUGUUUGAAUCUAUCAUAUCUUUGAAAAAAUCAAUAAUAUGUAUAUUUUUAUGUAUGUUCACUGGCAAUUAAAAAAAAGAGCUUUGCUCCGUCCUCUGUCCUUUGGGUAGUUGCAGAGGUCAGUUUUCCAGGUUGACAAUUAAUGUUCUGAUACCUGAGUCCCUCUCUGUUCAUAUUCCAUUUCUAAAUAUAUGUAGGUAUAUAUAUGAAAAUGUAUUGGACUUGUAUUUUAAAAUUUGUCCACCAUUUGAGAUUCAAAUAGCUUCCAAAUAUUUGUUACAUUAGGCAAACACAUAUGUGGCCUUUUCCCUUUCUCUGCCUUUAUAUGAAGGAGGGCACGAAGGCCCAAGCAACCCUGCCCUACCCCUUCCCAGCUCUAUACCAGCACUGCAAUUCAGGAGACUCUCCAGAUAGCUCGAUAGCUUCCCUGCAUGACCCCUACAAAGUUCUUGAAAAACAAGGGGCUGCCUACUGAUUACCCUAUGCUAGCUGCCCAGGUGAGAGGGCAGCUGGCCAAGGACAUGAUUUUUAUGCUUGACCCUUGGUGGGAGGUCAUAGGAAACAGGAAUGCUAAAGCAGGAGAUCAAAUCCAGAUUUAAAGUCAAAAGAAGCCAUUUAGCAAUGUGAAAUUUCUUGGAAAAGGAAGUUUCUAGUGCUACUGCCUUUGUAGGCAGAUCUGUUCUCACCACUGAUCUCUGAAAAUCUUUGAAAAUAUUUUUUAAGGACAGACAGAGAGAUGAAAGUAUCACAGUAUGUAACCAAAGAUUAAAUUGUAUCUAAGAUACCAAAAUUUUUCAGGGCAGGGAGGGAGUAAACAUUAGUGCCUGUUUGGUAAGCUUUCCAAAGGCAGACUAAAGAACUUUGCUGGUGACUGAAUUUUAAGAGUUUUAUGGGAUUUUCCAACUUCACAAUAUUCAGAUUUGAAAGAAUUGAAGAUAAUUUGGAAAAUGGGAUUAUGUGUCCUUCACUAAGUGAUUUUAUAAGUAGAUCUAGAUUUUCUUUACUCUAGGUAGUUGCUGAACAAAUUUUUGAAGCUCCAUCACUGUGUGGUUGGAAAUGGAGCUGGUCUUGGCCACUGUGUUUCCUAGUGCUCAUCUAAAGAUGUGAAACUUUUGCUGACAAGAGGGGCAUUUAAAGGAUUAGAUUUUUCACUAGAAGGACAACAGACAGAAACUCUUAUUUCUGCCCAGUUUGGACAGCACAGAAAGUUCUCUGCAGUUUGAGGCAGAAGGUUGAAAUAUAUUGUAAAUGAGUACCUGUAUCCAUGUUUUAAAAACAGAAUUAUAGAUGAUAGAUAGAUAGAUAUAAUGUGUUCUAAAGCUUUAUCUUUCUCUGCACCUUUAUAUUUGGUUCCAGGUCAUAUCUGAUGCCUUGUACUUAUAAGAGAGGCUGCAGUUACAUUUUGGAAACUCUCUCAGAAUGGACAAGACACCUGGAUUGAUCAGAUAACAGAUAUUUCUAACCCUCUUUGGCCUAAUGCAAGGCCUUACAAAGGGGUAGGAGGGGGGAAAUGGUAGGGUACAUGAUGUAUUGCACUUUACUAGUCUAAGACACAUGAAUGUGGAAAGGGUGAUGACUCUUUAACUGGCUGGAAUUCACCACAAGGAAAAGCCAGACUUGGGGACAAAAGCCCACCCAACUCAUUGGCCAAUGUCCUUUUAGUGGGACCUGAGCUAUUAGGAGAAGAAAGCAUAUUUUUUGGUCUUCACCAUUCUUGUGAGAGAAGGGUAGUUGCCUGCACUUGGGAACCUGGAGCAAGUGCUCCAUCUUUCACACCAGUUCUUUCCCCUGUGAUUGAGGUGCUCUUGCUACUGGGUGUCUAUAUGCUUUACUUCUGGUUUUGGAUAUGUUUUGUAAAGAUUUGAACAUUGAAAAUGUAUUUUUCUCUGUUAAAACUUAUCAGUGUACUAGAAGUUGUAUCUUGGUAGGUACAGGUCCACCUCUGCCCAAGGGUAGAGAUUAUUUCUCUUCAGUAAAGAGUUUGACACUGGGGUCUAUUGCCCAGGGCCUCCCAAAUCUCAACCAUUUCUAGGUGAAGGCAGAAAAAUCCACAUUACUACUCACUUUUCCUCAAACACUUAUGGUAAGAUAACAAAUCACUUAAUUCCCCUGUCACUCAAGUGAGGGAUAAAUAUUUGAAUCUAGCAGGUAAAAUUUUACAGUAUAAAACAAGUUUUGAUCCAGCUUUAGUUUUAUUCCACUCAAUUUGGCCUGAAAGUAGCUAAUGUGUUUGUUUUCCAGGCCUAAUUUAUUAUAGCAAGGAUCCAGUUUUCUUCCCUCUCCCCAUUUAUCUCCUAAUCUUUUGUGGAAUCAAAUAAAAAUCUGUGGAAUGGGCAACCAUGUGGCCUGCAAAAGUUCCCACAUAAGCUAUUCAACAAAACUAUCAUGUAGCUGCAGUUUCCAUUGGCUACCAAAGACUGGAACACACAUGGGUACUCGAAAGGAUAGAAAUUGCUACUUCUCCAGUGGCACCCUCCUUGUCUGACUGCUUACGCACAAAUUUGAGUUUCUGUACCCUUCUUAAUGAACAAGACUGGCUUGCAGUCUCAACCUCAGUCCUCAGUAUAACUAUCCUACAGUGAAGUGCUUAGGUGGGUUCUGAGAGCAGUCGCAAUUAGGAUGAUUCCAGCCAAAAAUAAGUACCGAAAAGUCCCUUCACCACUUAAUAACACCUUUCUGCUUUCCCUUAUACUGGACAUUGAUUUGGGAGUGCCUUGGAUAUAACAUUCUUGUGCUGUCCUUGAGAUUAAUUUAGCAGUGGGCAGGAGAAGAUUAUGUAAAAAGAGAUAAGAAUAAAUAUUUUGAUGUUGAAAGAAAAACCAUUAUUCAAAAACUUUUUGAAACAAUUUUGCUUGAAACUUCUUUCGAUGGGGCUUCAGUUCUCACAGUGGCUUUUGGCCUCCACUGGGCAGCAGGAUUAGCCCCAACACUAGUAUUCUGUGCUCUUUUUGUAAUCUUGAAAUAUUUUGUUGCUCUGAAUAUAAUUAAAAUGGCAGAAACUUGUUUGUUGGAAUACAUGUGUGAAUUUGGGUUUGUCUCUGCCUCUGCUUUCAGAAAUAUCCUUUGUGUGAAAUACUGGCUUGCUGAUAUGCCAACUAAAACUUGGCCACAGCCCCUGUUGUGGCUGCGGGCUCAAGUUAUUGUUAACAGAGACCUAAGAAAAGCUGCUAAUGUCCUCUUAUCAUUGUUAAUUUGUUAACACAUAAAACAUCUGCAAUUUCAGA